UGUCAGAGGGUUAUACUUUUAGUUUCCCCCACCCUGCAAGGCCAUUCAACCAUGUGCUAGCUGGAGUAAUCUUUACUCACAAUGUCUUUACAAAAGCUCAGGAAACAGAGCAGCAAUGGCAAUUUCAUGGAGUACUAUGCUGGUCCAGGGCAUAGCUCUUACUCCACACUCACAGGCAAUUUUACCAUGGAUGAUGAUAACAGAAGGCUUCAAAUGCUGGCAGAUACUGUGGCUACUUUGCCUCGGGGAAGAAAGCAGCUUGCUCUGACAAGAUCAAGUUCUGUGGGUGACUUUUCCUGGUCUCAAAGAAAGCUUGUUACCGUGGAAAAACAAGAUAAUGGAACAUUUGGAUUUGAAAUUCAGACUUACAGGCUCUCAAACCAGAACACCUGCUCCACAGAUAUAUGCACCCUGAUCUGCAAAAUCCAGGAGGCCAGCCCAGCACACUGUGCUGGCCUGCAAGCUGGUGAUGUCCUUGCAAACAUCAAUGGUGUGAGCACAGAAGGCUUUACCCACAAACAAGUUGUUGACCUGAUCAGAUCGUCAGGAAACCUGUUAACGAUAGAGACUCUUAAUGGAACAAUGAUUCUCAAAAGAACAGAGCUUGAGGCAAAGCUGCAAGUUUUAAAGCAAACCUUGAAGAAGAAAUGGGUGGAGUUCAGAUCUCUGCAGUUACAGGAACAGCGCCUGCUUCAUGGCGAUGCAACUAACUGCCCAAGUUUGGAUAAUAUGGACAUAGAUGAAUCAACAUUGCUUGGACUCCUGCCUGGCCCAGCCCUCCUGGACCGGAAUCGAUUAUCCAGUGCAAGCAGUUGUAAGAGCUGGCUGAGCUCCAUGACGAUAGACAGUGAGGAUGGAUACCAGACCUGUGCGUCUGAAGACUCCAGUCGGGAAGCCUUCAGCCGCCAGACAAGCACAGAUGAUGAGUGCUUUGUCCCCAAGGAAGGAGAUGAUUUUCUGAAGAGGUCUUCUUCGAGGAGGAAUCGGAGCAUUAGUUCUGCCAGCAGUGGGUCCAUGUCUCCUUUGUGUGAAGGCAACUUCUCAGGCAUGUAUGGGACCCUGCCCAGGAAAAGCAGAAGGGGAAGUGUCCGGAAACAGCUCUUGAAAUUCAUCCCAGGCCUUCACCGCGCUGUGGAAGAGGAAGAGAGUCGCUUUUAAUGGGUUGUCGUGCCCUUUCAUAUUAGCUUAUUUUGUAAAUAUCUCCAGAUUCCUUUAGAUCAACUCCACCCAACUUAGUGGGAAAGUGCAGAUGGAUUGCAAAACUGACAUUGCAUUUCAUAUCGGUAGUGAACUUUAUUUAAACUUUUGUACCAUUAUGUAUGCUUCUGCAAUUGUUUUUUAACCAGAAUGGUUCAAGUUCUAAGCAGGCAGUAGGAAAAUUAAAUAAUAAUAAAUUACAAAAUAUAACAAAUUAA